CACAAAGCUGCGCAGUAGCUUUUUCUUGUAUCAUGAAUGGUGGAGGCGAUGUUUUGAUGGAGUCCAGGGACUUAAAGAGCUCUAUUUUCGUGUUGUAAACAAUAGCUGCUGCAUAAACCGAUGUCUUAUUAUAAUGCAGUAAUAUAUCUGAGAAUAAAUUAAUUUGGAUACGUGAGAAAGGACCAGUCCGUAAAAUAUCGGUGGCUACGGUGGCCUUGCUAACGUUAAGCUAAGUUGUGGCAAUCCUUUCAUUUAAUGAGCUCACCCUCUUUGAACCUGCUGUGUUUUUCUUUAUACUUUAGCGUCACUGGGGAUUACCUCGUUUUAUUUGCGGCUAUAUUUAUCAAAUACCUUUUAAGUGAAGUAUCAGAAAGUAAGGCUUAUUGAGAUUUAAUUCCAGGGGGAGUGGUUAUCCAUGUCCACGAGUUCCUGCAGAUACAUACAAUUUUGUCACAGCAGCAAACAUGUCUUUAGUCGCCUAUGGCAGCAGUGAUGACAGCGACUCAGAAGAAACAUCAGCUUCACAGAGUAAAGGGAGCAGCUCGGGGGGGCUCUUCUCUCUCCUGCCCACUCCAAAGAAGCCCGUUUCGGCAGGGGGAGGAUCGAGAAAGGAGACAAGAGUGCACCGCUCAGGGGGGGACAGCAAGGCACAUGAUGACCCAGAUCAACCACCAUCUAAAGGAGGCUUGAUUUCUGCCUUUAUGCCUAAACCGAGGAAGAGAACAGAGCCUGUCAAAAUCACUGCACCACAGAUCCAGAGACGGGAUUCAGACUCUGAUGAGGAUGAUGAACCUGCAAAGAAGAAAGUACAAACUCAGGGUUCAGGCCUUUCCUCCCUUCUGCCACAACCCAAACACAUGACCAGGAAGGCGAUGGACAGAUCCCUGAUUCCUUACACACUCACCAAGCGGCAACCACCCAAAGGACCCAAACCUGGAACGCCCGCUCAGGGUCUGCUCGGUUCCAGCGCAUCGCCCUCUGCUAUCAAGGCUGCAGCAAAGUCAGCGGCUCUGCAGAUGGCGAGACAAAUAGCCACCGACGACCAAGAUAACGAGGAGGACAUAUCCCCACAGAACUACUUUUCUCUGGCCGAGAGCUCCCAGCCUCUCCCCGCAGUCAUCCCGAGCCUGGACCCUGAGCCUGGGCCCCCCGCAGAGCCCCUGGCACCUGCACCUGCACCUGCACCUGCACCUGCACCUGCACCAGCACCUGCACCUGCACCUGCAGACGAGCCGGGGCAGUCAGACGCCCCUCUCGACUUCGGGGCGGGUGGUGAGGGAGCCGGUCCAUGGGGUGCUCAAUAUCCUCAAUAUCAACAGGAAAUGGAAGGCACAGAUGCUCCCCCUCAGGGAUUCUAUAAUCAGCCUUACGUCCAAGAUCCAGAGGCGGGAUCAGCAGAGGCUGAUGAGCCCGGCAGCUCCGCCAUGUUUGAUGAGGAAGCGUUCAUGCGGCUGCAAGGAAAACGGAACCGGGGCAAAGAGGAGGUGAAGUUUCUGGAGAUCAAAGGGGACGACCAGCUGAGCAGCAACAAGCAGUGGAUGACCAAGAACAUAACGGAAGAGAAGCAGACCCGCCAGUCCUUCAGCAAGAAAAAAGGAGAGGGGCCUACAGGACAGCAGCGACGCAAGCAUCAGAUAACAUAUCUCAUUCAUCAGGCAAAGGAACGUGAGUUGGAGCUGAAGAACAACUGGGCAGAUAACAAGCUGACGCGCCGACAGACACAGGCCAAAUACGGUUUCUAAAUGUCACUCUGAGGACUCUUGGUGGCAGGUGGAAGCCCUGCAUCAGAAAGUAGUAUGUUCAGAGUUCCCCACACAGGAGAAAGACGUGUACUUGGGAAGAAUCUAUAAACACCUUUUUAAAACAGAUGUUGCCCUUGCUCCUGCCCUCUCUUAUGUAUUUGUGUUGAAUUGUUAUGCAGUAGUUAUUUUGUUUAACUGUUUUUUAAGGCGUCACUUCUAUACAGAAAAUCCAGCCAUAGCCCCUUAAACCUGUCCCAGUAAGAUACAGUACAUUUAGGCUCUCUUCCUACAAAUACAUAGGUAUGUUUUUCAGAUUCCUGCAGCGAAUCCUUGGCAGAGAUCAUGUUUGUGACCCUCAAUAUUCUCCUCUGAAACUUUGUCUUCCUGUUCAUAAAGCAAAAGACUCCUUUUUUAGUGAUGCAUUCAGAAUACUUCUUUAAAAAACGCUUUGGUUCUCUGGCAUUCACACAGAUGUUAGUAAAAUAUUAUAAGCCAUUCAUUAUGAGGAAUGAACUGGAGUCAGUAGAAAGCUGUGACACAUUACAUAUGUAUAUAUGAACCAACAACUUUGUAAUAGAAAAUAAAGAUGCUGUUGGAAUACUUAUGCUGCAGUUG